ACCCUAGUCUGUACUCUUUAAGAAUGCCAUGCAAUUAAUUCACGAAAUAAAUGAAAUGAAAUGUUUAAAUUUACCGCGCUGUCAAUCUCGCGUCCCUCCGCCCCCACAAAACAAUAAUCGAAAAUAGUGAAAAUUUUCACGGAAAUGUCUAAAAACCAUAAAACAAUGCACCUAAAAUCGCGCUACUAGAUCGCCCUUGAUCUCUCCUUACCGUCAAUCGCUAAAAAACUAAAAAUAAAUAAACGCACAUAACCUCAAACUUGCAAAGAUGGUAAGAAAACGCUCAAGAAGGUGCGAUAGUGACGACAACGACAGUGAUAGUGACGUGGAGUUCGAUGUGCAACAGCGUUCACAGCCAGCCCCCAAGAAAUACAGUCUCCGGGAGCGUAAAAAAGCCCCCUCGUUGACCGCAGACUUUGACUAUUACGGUCUCGACGAAGAGGAGACCGAGGCCAGGGGGGCCUCCACCGACGAGGAUUUUGAGGUUGCGCCUGAAACGAAUGUGUCUGAACCAGACAUAGACCCUGCAAACUCAGAAGGUCUCAUCGAUUUUGAGGACAUAAUUCGAGCAGAUAUUGUGGUAAACAGGAAUAAAAUUGACUAUGAUAAUCUGAUUCAAAAAUCUGAAAUAAGGUUAACACAGCCUAAAAGGCGAGGCAGAAAACCGAAAAAUUCGGUUGAGGAAAAGAAAGAGCUUGAUGAAUCAAAUUUAGAAACUCUUUCACACUUAGAAACGACUGAUAAUGCGGUUGGAGAAAAAAUUUGUGAUGACACUAAUGAAAUUCUUCAACCUGAGAUACGGUUCUGUGAGGGUGAAGAUGCACUUCCCAAUGGUUUCGAUGCAGAAACUGAUCCUUUAGUGAUAAAAAAUGCACAUUUGCUAGAAUCGGCAGUGGUUAAUGUAACCCCCGAAAAUGGGAUAAAGAGUGAAGUUAAACCUGUGUUCAUCAAGAAUUCAGAUUUGGUGGACACAUUAAUUACUAAAGCGUUCCCCGAAGAAGAAAAAGUUCUUGAGGAGGAUGACGACGUUAUCGUACUAGGGGAGCUUAAACACGACGUCAUUGUUUUAGAUGACUGAACUGUGUGUAAAUAAGGUGUAAAAUAAGUCAUUAUUAUUAGCAAUUUGGUUUUUAUAUUAUGUAUUUAUUGAAUUCUGAUGAGGUUAGUGUUUGAAAAAAGUGCAAGUAAUUAGUCAUCUCACAGAGUGAAAAGGGCAAGUUGUAUUAUUACAUAAAGAGAUUUUAUUCAAUAAAGAAGGUUAAAAUGUUAAAUUAAUCUUUAUUCAAUAGAACAUAACAUAACAUAGCCAACUAUGUUGUAUAGUUGGCUGUGCUUUCCCUAUUCAGUAAGGACGAUUUCAAGCAUUUCUUCAACAUCUUCAUUCUUAACUCUGUCACAGCCACUUUUGCUCCUCCUUCUACGCCCAGGGCUCGUGAACCCUUUAAGUUCGCCCUUUUCUAUAAGUUUCAUUUCCUUACUGACUUGUCUAUAAAUUUUUUCUGAUACUCCAGUUGCCAGUAAUACUCUUUGCCUGUAGUGGGCAAGGGGCACAACAGGAGCCUGAGUUUCUGCUUCUUUCAUCAUAAAUUUCAACACAUUGGCGAUAAUUGCCCGACUUUGGGCAUUAACCACUUUCCCCCGCACCCCCACCUGUUUUUCAGGCUCCAUAUUACAAUUUUUAUAAAACUACAUUAAUUUUGUAUAUUAAAAAAAUGUAAACAAUAAUGGGGUUAUCAAUUCACUAACUGUACCAACUACAAGUGGCUAAAAUCCACUACAACGACAGUAAAUUUUCCACUAGAAGACUGGAAAAAGUUUUCCGCAAUUAAUACUAAACGAAGCGUUUUACCAGUCGGUUAGUUUUUAUUUUCGCCCCUAUGCCCAAGAAAGACCCGUGCAAAGUGUUCGCGUGCAGGAUUCAGAAGUGUCUCGAAG